AAAGUCAACCCCCCUCCCUUCUUCUCUCUCUCUUAUUCAUCAUUCUCUUCUCUACUUCUUCUUCUCCUGCUUUCUUUCACUUUGCUUUUUUCCGCAAAACAAUGAGAGAUCAAAUUUAGUCUCUUCAAAUCCCAAGAAACAACCGUCUGUUUAUCUAUAUAUCAAUCUGCUUUUUUCUUUCCCCUUUGAAUUUGAUGGGUAACGGCGUUGCCAAAGUUAGCCACUGUUGUGCUGCUGCAGGGGACAUCUCCAAUCGGCAUGACAUCGCCGUUUAUGUCGGCGACCACCUCCACAAGGGACUGGGUCAUUCCUUCUGUUAUAUACAGUCCGACCCAGCUCGCUUAUCCAACCCAAAAAUCCACUCCGAGGAAACGACAACGUUUUUCUCUAUCUCCGGUGCCUCUGUAAGCGCUAAUACUUCAACGUCUCUCAGCGAUGCUUGUCUCUACAGCUCUAGUUUGGAUGAGGCCUCCUCUUUUGAAAGCUCCGAUUCUUUCGCUUCCGUCCCUCUUCAGCCCGUCCCUCGUGGGCAGCUUCAAUCCGGCUCUGCUAUGCUCGUACCGGGUUCGAGUCCAAUUGAACGAGGGUUUUUAUCGGGUCCCAUCGAGCGUGGGUUUCUUUCGGGACCCAUUGAACGUGGGUUUGUGUCGGCACCUAUUGAUCGGGGCUUAUAUUCCGGUCUGAUGGAGAAAGAAAAAGAAAGGGAAAACGGCGGCAAGUUACAGAGGAGUUUAUCUCAUGGGGGUAUUGGUAUUGAUGAUGUCCAAGUUAAAACCAAGAAGCAAAGCUUGAUAAAGACUUUAAAGAGAGCAAUAUCGAACACCAUCUCUCGAGGGAAAAAAUCUAUAAUGGCACCGAUCAAAGGUGUUAAAGAAUCAGUUUCAGCUGGAACUGGCGAAAACUUGAGCGGUAGCAGUGCUAAUUUCAGUGCCCAGGCGAGCUCCAAUAAUGAUGUUGAUGAUGAUAGUUUGUUUUCAAUGGAAAGCCAGAAUCUGCAAUGGGCACAAGGGAAAGCAGGUGAGGAUCGAGUUCAUAUUGUAAUAUCAGAGGAACAUGGAUGGGUUUUUGUGGGAAUUUAUGAUGGCUUUAAUGGCCCUGAUGCUCCUGAUUAUUUGCUUUCCAAUCUCUAUACUAAUGUCAAUGAGGAGCUCAAAGGAUUGUUAUGGAUGGACAAGUUUGAAUCCACUUCAAAAACAGAGGAAACAAAGGAGGCAUCACCUUCGAUUGACAAGGAAAAUCAUCCAUUUAGCACUAGAGAUGAGGAUUUCGACUUAAAUCAUUACUUGAAGAGAACCCAGGGAAAGAAUUCGAGGCAUAGGAGUAAAGGCGUAGCAAAAAGAUGGGAGGAGAGCCAGAGGAGGUGGAGGUGUGAAUGGGACAGAGAAAGAAUGGAACUUGAUAGGAAAUUAAAAGAGAAACUGAAUUGUAAAGGGUCCAACUCUAAUGGGGUUAACCAUUUCGAUGUUUUGAACGCACUUUCCCAGGCAUUGAAGAAGACUGAGGAGUCCUUCUUUGAAAUUGCUGAUAAGAUGGCAGCAGAGAAACCUGAGUUAUCUUUGAUGGGUUCUUGUGUUUUGGUGAUGUUGAUGAAAGGAGAAGAUGUUUACUUGAUGAAUGUUGGAGAUAGCCGAGCUGUUUUGGCACAGAAAUGUGAAACAGAUCUUGGAAUAGGGAAAGUAAACCAGGAUUUGGAAAUCAUCAAUGAGGAAAGUAUGCGUGAUCUCGAAGUCUUUGAUGGUGAUGAAUUAUACAGAUUGAGUAGCUUGAGUUACCUUCAGCUUACCAUGGAUCAUAGCACUUACGUGCAUAAGGAAGUUCAGAGAAUUAAAAAGGAACAUCCUGACGAUCCUUGUGCAGUAAUGAAUGAGAGAGUGAAAGGUUACUUGAAGGUUACUAGGGCUUUUGGAGUUGGCUUUCUCAAGCAGCCAAAAUGGAAUGAUUUACUCCUGGAAAUGUUUCAAAUUGACUACAUUGGAAACUCCCCAUACAUCACAUGUCAUCCAUCACUAUAUCACCAUAAAUUAAGCUCAAGAGACAGGUUUCUAAUACUGUCAUCUGACGGGUUAUACCAGUACUUCACCAAUGAAGAAGCAGUCUCAGAAGUUGAACUGUUCAUUUCUGCAUUUCCUGAGGGAGAUCCUGCCCAACAUCUAAUAGAGGAAGUUCUAUUUCGUGCAGCCAAAAGAGCUGGUAUUGACUUCCAUGAGUUGCUUGCCAUUCCACAAGGGGAUCGGCGCCGGUACCAUGAUGAUGUUUCUGUGAUAAUUAUUUCUUUGGAAGGCAGGAUUUGGCGUUCAUCUUUGUAAAUAAAGCAGAAGUUCCAUUAAUCCUAUUAGCCUUGGUAUUUCUCCUCAUUUUUGGCCUUGGAUCAUAAUAUACCAACUAGGUUUUAGAGAAAAGAAGUUGUUGCUGCAUAUAUCAAGUUUUUUUUUAUACCGUAAAGGUUGUACAAAAAGUAUUCUUGUUCUAGUAAUUUAGCUAUCUCGUAAUGCAAGUCCUCCCUUAUAUUAUCAGGUGCAAUACAAUUGGCCGUGACUGGUAUUUGAACUUGAAAUAUCACAUCCCUGAAGAUGACUCCAGUCUCAUUGAUUA